GCUGACAGUUAUCCAUGUAGAUAUUACUGUAUAUAUUUAAUUUUACUUUUGUAGUUGAACAUGUGCUCGUUGCAUGUUUUGUUUACCAAUAGUGUCAAUAUUAAUCAGUUAUAUUUAUAGAUAAUUAUUAAUGACAACUGGAAAUAAUUCCAAGUGAACGAAUAGUGAACAUUUAUAUUCAUAAUGGCGUCCGGCAGUAAAAAAAUUAAAAAGUUACCUCCCAUUCCAGGAACAAAACCAUCAACACAUAAUGCACAACUUUUCAUUUCAACAGGAAUUCCAUCUCUCGAUCAUGUUAUAGGAGGUGGCUUACCUAUUGGAUCCAUAUUCUUAAUUGAGGAGGACAAAUACGGAAACUAUGCAAAUACAAUGUUAAAAUAUUUCAUCGCCGAGGGAAUAGUUGUGUCUCAUGAUAAUUUCAUUGCAUCUCGUGGCACAAAAACAGGACAAUUACUUUCGGAAAUUCCCGAAGUGGCAACAGACACGCCAAAGGAAAUGAAAAAUGAUGACAGAGAUGAAAUGAAAAUUGCCUGGAGAUAUCAGAAUUUAAAAAUAAUUGACACAUCACCGUCUGGUAGUCACAAGUUUGGUCAUUUUUUUGAUCUCACAAAAUUUAUGGAUAGGAAAAAAAUUGACGAGACACGUGUCACUGAAUGGAACGGUGAAAAUUUAAGAUUUAAAUCAACUGGCUUUAAGAAACAAGAAUAUGUCGAUUUACUGAAAUCUAUCGAAGAAACGAUUUCAAAUGGACAAUUUUAUGUUUCAAAUUGUCCGGAGAAGAGAAAUAUUUUACGUAUUACGAUAAGAUCAUUGGGAUCUUGGUUGUGGAUGUGUGACGAUCCUGAGGAGACAAAAAGUGAUCUUUUCAAAUUUAUCUAUUGUUUUAGAGCAUUAUUGAGAAAUUCUUAUGCCGUUGCGGCAAUUACAUUUCCUGGACACUUGUAUUCUGAUAAAGAUGCUGUGAUUGAAAGGCUGGAACAUCUUUCGGAUACUGUAGUGAAACUUGAAUCGUUUGCAGGUUCUGAUAAAGAAACAAAUGUUGUCUUCAAAGAUUAUCAUGGCUUGUUGCACAUAAAGAAACUUUCUGCAUUUAAUACUUUGGUCUCACAUUGUCCUCACUCCACUGAUUUGGCGUUCAAACUGCGAAGAAAAAAGUUUCUCAUUGAAGUUUUACACAUACCGCCAGAAUUGGGAGACACUACUGAACGUGAACAAGAUGAAGUUUCUUGUGGAGGUGGAAGCUCAAAACGAAGUGUACUUGACUUUUAAUAAAAAUAGUGUAUUUUAAAAAAAAUGUUCAGUUUCUUUCU